AUGGCGUCCACCUCCCGUGCCACCGCAAAACCCUCGCAGAUCCUGGUCCUCGACCCGCCUAAGGUCCUCAGGUUCAAAGGCCCCUUCACCACCGUCGUCAUCACGCAUCUUAAACUGCACAACCCGUCACUGAGGAAAGUGUGCUUCAAGAUGAAGAGCACCAAGCCUCGCUGCUACUGCGUGCGUCCCAACAGCGGCGUCGUCGAGCCGGGCUCCACAGUGACUGUCGCCACCAUGCUGCAGCCCUUCCGCUACGACCCCAGUCGGGAGGUUAAGCACAAGUUCAUGGUGCAGACAAUGUUUGCUCCCCCGGACACUUCGGAUCUGGAGACCGUGUGGAAGAAGGCGAUCCCCGGUGAAAUUAUGAAUUCGAAACUGAGGUGUGUGUUUGAAAUGCCAAAAGAGUCUGGAAAAGGGGACGAAAGCUUGAGACUCAGAAAGCCAGUGCAGCUCAACAAUCCCAGGGUCGCCUCCACCACAUCCUUGAAGAAGAGUCGCACCAUGCCUCUUCCUAUUGUUCUGCUUCUGAUUGCAGCAGUUUUAAUUGGCUUCUUUCUGGGGAAAUUUAUCAUGUAG